CCUGCAUACUAUUUGGAAAGUCCGCGGGCAGGACGGCAAGUCGUGGUCGCUACGAAACGAUCGGCGUAGCGAAGGCUAGCUUAGGCGAUUCGAAUUCAAUCUUCCGCAUCCAGCACGGAAGGAUCUACACUUCCCAAUCCGACUGAUCAACAAAGGCCUCCCCUACUUCAUGCUCGCAGUUCAGCAACAUGCUCGUCUGCUAGACAUCCCGCCAUGCUGCUUUGCAAUGCUCUUCUGUUCGCGGCGGUGGCUUGUGCCGCGAAGUCCACCUCGACGAAGAACCAAUACGUGACUCGCAACGGAUCCCAGCUUCUGCUCAACGGGAAGCCAUGGACAGCAUCGGGAGGGAAUGUAUAUUGGCUCGGCAUCGACCAGAACGUCGUGCCACCAGCCGGACAGCCUUAUGCGCCACCCGCCUCAUACCCAACCCAAGGCCGGAUUACCGAGAUCAUGAGCACGCUCGUGACAAUGGGUGCUCAUGCUUUCCGCUCCACCACCAUGGGCGUCUCCGUCGGCUAUCCGCUAUCACUUGAACCAGAACUGGGUCAGUGGAAUGAUCAGGCUUUCGACACGAUCGACUGGGCCGUCUACCAAGCUGGAUUGCAUGGCCUGCGCCUCUUUGCACCAUUGAUCGACAACUACGACUACUAUCACGGCGGCAAGUUUGUAUUCCUCCGCUGGUUCGGCAUCGACAUCUCCAGUUCAGCCACGCCGCUCAGUCCUCUAGUCAUGGAAUUCUACAACAACCAGACCAUAGUUGAUGCUUUCAAAACUUACAUCGAGCAUCUCCUCGCCCACAAAAACCAAUACACCAAUCUCACCUACGCCGAAGACCCCACCAUUUUCGCCUACGAAACAGGCAACGAGCUCGGCGGUCCAGUGUUCGGCGACAUGGACGUGCCCCCGGCCUGGACGGAUGAAAUAUGCUCCUACAUCAAGCAACUCGCGCCCAAGAAGCUGUGCAUCGACGGCACCUACGGCAUCAACAAAACGCACCUGACGAUCGACAGCGUGGACAUCAUGAGCGACCACUUCUACCCGCCCAACAUCGCCAAACUCAAUUCCGACAUUGCGCUUGCGGGAGGCGCGAACAAGGCCUACAUCGCGGGCGAAUACGACUGGACGGGCAACGUGCGCAGCGCGGCACCGCUGCAAUCCUGGUUCGGUGUCACGCAGAACAACACGAAUGUUGUCGCGGGCGAUUUGUUCUGGAGUCUGUUCAUGCACGAUGUGCCGAAUUGCUCGGUGUAUGUGGACCAUGACGAUGGAUUUACGAUGCAUUAUGGCGACCCGAAUAAUACUGCGCAUAACAACACGCAGAUUCGAACCGUCAGGAAGCAUUUAUUCGAGCUGCAGGGGAAGCAGAUUGGAAAUAGUUUCCCGCCGGUACAGUGUCCUUGAUUGGCGUCGGUGGCAUUAGGGUGCGAAACUGUUCGAUUUAGGGCAAUAUGCCACCAAUAUGGCGAUGUGGUACUGACCAGUGUUUUGUGCCAUAUUCCUCGAGGUAUGAAGUUAGUAGGCCUGUCAAAGACAAAGUAGAUCAGUCCAGACAUUCGCGUGCAUAGAGUGAGAAAGGCUGAGGUGUUGCGGCCUGAGGCAUCUUCAAACUUGCAGGGUCC